UCGUUCUCUGCGUCCCUGGCGUACUACAGCUCCCAGCACAAGUCGCGUCUUUUCGACUACAGCGAGACUGACAUCCAUCCAGACGACCUAGACGACGAAGGUGUCGUUGUGGCAGAAGAUGGGUUGGUCUACCCAAGCGUCUCCUCCCCACCCUUCUCCAACGGCGCCGUCAUGCUCCCAAAUACAUUCACCAUGCAAGAGUGUGUGCGGAGGUACUUUGACGAGUUUCUUGACCGUGUAGAAGACGGCGAAGACAUGGAGACUCCCCAGAUAUAUAACAUACCAAAGGAAUUGAACGAAGCCUUGGAUGCCUUCUUCGACAAGCACGCCGUCAAUGAAACGGUGGCAGACUGGCUCGACAAGCACCCCGUUAAGUCUGCGGUAGCAGAUGACGCAGAGUCCGUUUGGAAGGCCAAGUAA